AUGUACGAGACCGACUGCGCUCGUGUCCUUCUGACGGCCGUGCUUGGAGAGGAGGAUACCGCGGGAUUACCGUCCACUGUAGUGCUUCUCUGGACCCAUAAACUAUCGCGGCUGGUUGCGGGCAACGAUGUCCGGAACGCAACGGCUUCGAUCAGCCAGGAUGUGAAUCCCACCGCUCGUCGCCGUGACUCACAUGCGCCUCAAAAUCCUGCCAACCCUACAUUCCUUGACCCUACCACCAACACUGAGUUCAACAAGUAUGCCAUUGAUACUGGAGAUGCAAGUGAAGCUGAGAUGAUUGCUAUCGAAUACAUUUGCAGCUAUAACCCUGACGAGGAUGGUGAAACGUGGCUAGUUAGCGAGGAGGGCAACCCCGUUAUAAAAUUGACUAGCGACUAUUUCGACAACUUCGGUGGAAUCUCAGAGAAGAUUCCAAGCACCGAAACUUAUUCCUUUAGCCCAGAAUAUUUUCAGGCUAAGCUAUCACUUGUUCGUGCGGAUCCUCUACUUCAGAAAGAAGCUCAAAAAUGGUCAGAUGAUGUUAAGGCUGCUCGGCUGGCGCAACUCUCUACGCAUUGA